CCCAAAGGGGAAACAAAAACCAUGGCGCUAAGCAUCCUGGGAAAACAAUAGAAAGGCCACUCUCACUAAUUGCUACAUUAUUACUUUAAAGUUUAUUCAAGUUAUUAAAAUGAGAAACAUUUUAUGACAACAAUUAGUUUAAAAUGGCGUCUUGAAAAAAUGACUGUGAUGCUGGGAAAUAUUAAUCAAUCAAGUUUAUUUUGAGACAGCUGAGAAACCAGAGACAAAUAUUACAUGUUGAUCAGAGCCACCAUCAACAUCAUCAAUACAUGUCAGACAUAUUGAUCAAUGUUCUAUUUAUGACCAGCUGGGUUUAGUCUGGGUUUAAAGGAACUCAGGGUUUUGGCUGUUUUCCAGUUUUCUGGAAGUUUCUUCCAGAUUUGUGGUGCAUAGAAGUUGAAUGCUGCUUCUCCAUGAACAAUUAAAGAUCAGGAAAACAAAGAGCCUGAGGGAUGAGCAAGAACAUGUUUAUACUUAUAUCUAUACUUGAAUCAUGUUUACAUGUGAUCUAUGCUGAUCUAUCAGGAUAUUUAUGAUCAGAGACAGAACCGGUCUCCUCUGCCAGAGGCUCAGGUGUUAAUCUGAACAGGUUUCAUUUCUGGUGGGUUUGAAGGAAGCUGGGACAGUGUGGACAGGUGGACACAGGUGGACCGGUGGGUCCUGCAGGGUCCAUAGGGUUCGGGUAGUCGGUUCUCUUUGACCGUCAGAAAGGAACCAGGAGGUUCUGGACUCCACCGGUUCGACGAAAAGAGCGCCACCAUGCAGUUACUGUCCGCUCAGUGGUCACAGCAGGUACUGCAGCUGCAGCGCCGCUCCUCACGGCCGCUCACUGCGCACGCGCAAUGAGAUGACUGGCCGCUGCACCUGUCAGUCCACCAGGAUGUGUGGCGGACAAAUCCUCGGCCGUUAAUCCAAGCUCGGUUCGGUCAUCAGAGGAGGCUCCCACCGUGGCAUGCUGAGCGGACCGGAGCGCUCCGUCUGACCGUCCGGACCCAGCCUCCCCCGGGGCCGCCCGCCUCCUCACUCCGCCUGCAGAGCCUCAGACCCCUGCUGCUGCAGAGCUGAGGCUGCGUGAAGCUCCGUGAAGCUCCGGGCGCGUCCAUCCUGACUGCAAUGGGAUGCUGCGGGAGCGCGGAGCGGACAAAGAGAGAAUGGAGACCGCUGGAGGACCGGAGCUGCACCGACCUGCCCUGGUUCCUGCUCUUCACCAUCUUCUGCGUCGGCAUGGGCAGCAUCUGUGGCUUCACCAUCGCCACUGGCGGCGCCGCUCGCCUCGUCUUCGGCUACGACAGCUACGGCAACACCUGCGGCCGGCGUAACGAACGGAUCGAAGGCGUGCAGCUAAGCGGGCUGGACCACACCGACAGGAAGUUCGUCUUCUUCCUGGACCCCUGCAACAUCGACAUUGUUCAGAGGAAAAUCAAGUCUAUGGCUCUGUGUGUGUCCUUGUGCCCCCCUGAGGAGCUGAAGACCCAUCAGGACCUGAAGAGGUUCGCCAUGACCAAUGGUUCAGAGCUCUGCUCCUAUGAGUUGCCGGCUCAUCGUUACCCGGCGCUACCGGAGCGAUUCUCCAGGUGUCCCAAGCUUCCCGUCCCCCGCAGCAAGCCGCUGCCACUCUUCAACCGCUGCACGCCGGUGGACAUGUCAUGCUACGCCAGGUUUGCUGAGGCGGUGGUGACCUUCGUGGGCGACAGCAGCGUCCUGCAUCGCCUCAUCGCCGGCGUUGCUGCCAGCAAAGAGAUCAUCAUUGGACUCUGUGUCCUCGCCUUAGCGCUGUCCAUGGUCCUCAUGGUGAUCAUCCGCUACAUCUCGGCUGUGCUGGUCUGGAUCCUUACCUCGCUGGUGGUGCUGGGCUCCCUGGCGGGUACCAGCGUCCUCUGGUGGCUCUACAUCGACCACCGGCUGUACGCCAACGACACGUCCUCCAAGGACCCCAAAGAGGCCAAACAGGAGGCACCGGAGGGGCAGCGUGACGGCGGACAGGCACUGCUGGUCUACGCCGCCGCUGCCACCAUCUUCACUAUCAUCCUGCUGCUGCUGAUGCUCUUCAUGCGGAAGCGCGUGGCGCUCACCAUCGCUCUGUUCCACGUCGCAGGAAAAGUCUUCAUCCACCUGCCGCUGCUCACCCUGCAGCCCUUCAUCACCUUCCUCGCCCUGCUCCUCUUCUGGGUCUACUGGAUCCUGGUGCUGCUCUUCCUGGGAACCACCGGGAACCCGGAGCAGAACGAGGAGACGGGCUUGACGGAGUUCCGGCUGACGGGCUCACUGCAGUACCUCACCUGGUACCACGCCGUGGGUCUGGUCUGGAUCAGCGAGUUCAUCCUGGCCUGCCAGCAGAUGACCGUGGCUGGCGCCGUUGUCACCUACUAUUUCACCAGGGAUAAGAACCGGCUGCCGGUGACGCCUAUCCUGUCGUCGGUUCUGAGGCUGGUCCGGUACCACCUAGGAACCGUUGCUAAGGGGUCCUUCAUCAUCACGCUAGUGAAGAUCCCCCGCCUCGUCCUGAUGUACGUCCACAACCAGCUGAAAGGACGGGAGAAUGUGUGCGCCCGCUGCCUGCUGAAGUCCUGCAUCUGCUGCCUGUGGUGUUUGGAGAAGUGCCUCAACUACCUGAACCAGAAUGCAUACGCAGCCACUGCCAUCAACAGCACCAGUUUCUGCACGUCAGCCCGGGACGCCUUCGUCAUCCUGGUAGAGAACGCGCUGCGGGUCGCCACCAUCAACGCUGUGGGAGACUUCGUGCUCUUCCUGGGGAAGGUCCUGAUCAUGACCUGCACGGCAUUCGCCGGCGUCCUGCUCCUCAACUACCAGCGGGACUACGCCGAGUGGCUGCUGCCUCUCAUCAUCGUCUGCCUCUUCUCCUUUCUGGUGGCCCACUGCUUCCUGUCCAUCUUCGAGAUCGUGGUGGACGUCCUGUUCCUGUGCUUUGCCAUCGACACCAAGUACAAUGAUGGCACCCCUGGGAAGGAGUUCUUCAUGGACAAAGCUCUGAUGGAGUUUGUGGAGAGCAGUCGGCGGCUGGAGCGUGCGGGCGGACGUGGGCGGAGCCGGGUGAAAGAGGCGGCGUCUGAGGGGGCGGAGAUGAAGCCCAUGGUGAGUGAUCGCGGUGCCGGAGGGGGCGUGGCCAGGCAGAACAGCUCAUCCAUAUUGGGGGCGGGGCCACACUGGGGCGAGGGCGGGGAGUGGGAGGAGCUUCAGGAGUUCCAGGUGUAUUGCCUGCUGGUGGGGGUGCUGGUGGACUGGGUGCUGGCGGAGCAGAGCGACCUGGUCCUCUGCCUCAGCGAAGACGUCGUCCUCUUCCUCUGUGUCUGUCUGCCCACCUCCACCCUCUUCCUGGUUGUCAGCCUGCUGCACGCGCCAAGCCCCGCCCCCUUUGUCGAGUCCACCUCCAAGUCAGCCGCCAUCACCGCCGCGUGCUAACAGCAGACUAACUUUGGAUGAACACUAGUGCAUGUUUCACCUCCAUCAUCAUCAUCAUCGUCGCGCUGCUGCUUGAAUUAUUUGUUUUCUUCUUUUUUACUUUUGUACUUUUUUAUGGAGAAUAUUUUUAUAAAAAUCUUCCAGCAGCUCUGUGUUUGCGUCUCUGUUCCGCCUCGAUUUGGUCGCCAUGUUGUUUUUAACCAGACCAGGACUCAGCAGGCAGAACUCCUGAGGUCACUUCCUGUUACUGGGAGCUGCUGACCUCCUGUAAAAAACGUAAGACAUGAAUCGGAAACCAAGUCACUCACCUGAGUUCAGAAAUGAAAUCUAAUGCAAACCACAACCAGAACCACCUUUAAAUUGACUUUUAAUAUUUUAAUACAUACAUAAAAUCACUGGAAACUUGUUGCCUGCUGGGUCCUCCAGGAAUCGACACAUAACGAGCUGAGAGUUAACGAGCUAUCCAGCUGAUUAGCUUGUUCAGCUGCAGACAGGAAGUUAACCAUCUCCACGUUUCCUGUUUCAGGCUCCAGGGACGAGUUCGGCUUGACCAAACUGGGACUUGUUGCAAAGACAUUCCAGAAGUUUAUUUUUAGUGUAACAUGUUUACUAUGGUUUCACUCCAGGGAAAACGACGAUAUUUUAAUACGGAACUGGAAACAACGUAACAACGUAACCAAGCACUUUAUCUGGAAGCGGCUGAUGCAUUUUUUUGUAGUGAUGUCCGUUUUUAUAAAACUCAGAUCCUAACGCCGUCCGGACUCUUCACUAACCUCUCUGCGCUGUGGGCGGAGCCGGCCCACAUGGAAGGGGCGGGGCCUGCGGACAGGUGGUGCAGCAGCCGAUUAUGCCCUCAGAGAGUGGAGUCGGGGCUGCUGCGGGCUGUCGCCAUGGAAACCACAUCCAGCGGCGGGGCGGGGUGAGGUUAAUAUGACCGGCGAGGACGCCGUCGCUUCGCCACGGUGGGCGGAGCUUCCUGCAGCCGCGGCGGCAGCAAUAACACCGGAACCACCAGUCUUCCUGCUUCUCUUCACCCGCUGCCCGACCUGACCCGACCCGGUUCCAUUUCUGGACCGGAGGGCCCGACCCAGUUCUGGACUCGCCCAGUGCGACCCGAUUCUGGUUCCGUUAGACGUUGUCAGAUCGUUUGUAGCGGCGGUUUGUAACGGCCUGAAUCUUUUUCAGAAAUACGUUGACCUUCGACCCGAGUCCUAGCGCCCAGCUGGAUCGGCCUCUUACUGGGAGCAAACCAGUCCACCAGACGGAACUCAGAGCGGUUCUGGCGCCGGCUCUUUGGACCUUUACUCUAUCAGAGGCGCUCCGAGUCGGUCCGGUUCCCUCUGGAGGCGGAGGCCUUAGAGGCCUUUUCCCAUCAUGCACCUCAGCGGGGAGCCUGCAGGGGGAGCCGCUGAGCCGCUAAUUGCACUAAAGAUGGAUUUCCUGCAGCGCCGGACGGACGGAGUUCGUAGAUCAGAUUCACCUGAACGCAUCGUGACCGCUGUUGCUGGGCAGAUUCGCUUCAGGAGCUGAACAGUUUCACUCCAACACCAACAGGAGCGGGUCGGUACCGAAAGGUUUCUUCCCUGAAGGAGAACCACGCAGAGGCCAGCGUCAUUUCAAAAUAAAACAGGAAGUUAUCAUGACAGGGUUUCUACACUUUCGGUUUCUAUACAAUAAACGUCAGAAAAAUAUUUGAGUUUCUACACUUUUAUCUAAAAUAUAAUAAAAAUAAAUAUUUAAUAUUUAGGUUUUAGUGACCUUGGUUUUUACUGUUCUAAUCUGGACCAGCGGUUCUGAUCCGAGUCGGCUAUAGAUGCCAGAUAAUCUGUUAAAUUUGCUCUUCUAUUAAUAAAACAUUUCCAACAUAAAACCCUGAUUCCCUUCCUGGUCUGAGGAGCCGCUAAUAAAACCAACAUGGAAACAUUUUGAAACGGAAAGCAGGAGGAACCCAGUCAUGAUCAGAACAUCAGGGUUCAGGAAGGUUCUGAUCCAAAACCCAGAAAACAGGCCACCAAACGUUUCUGUUGGAGGAAAACUCUUCAGCCUCCAUCCGACCAAUCACAGCACAGGCUCCGCCCACUGAAGACGAGCGAGGCUCAGAGAGGUUCCGGUUCCGGAACUGGAGUCAAACAUCCUUAGAACAAACUGUCUUGCCUGGAAACCAUCCGAACGGAACCGGACCGACCAGCUCCAGGUGUGCUGAUGGGUCCGGAUUGGUUCGGAUCACCUGGACCUGACCGGCAGCCUGGAGUCCAGGUGCAGCUUCCGGUUUCUGUUCGGAGUUCCGGACCCGAGCGUCUCCGCGCCUCGCCGCCAUUUUUUAUCAGACUGUUUGUAGCUGAAGCACGUCCUGCAGCCAGUUGCCCCACAAUCAGGUUGCCAUUUGUGAAGUUGCUGCAAAAAAUGAACAGCAAUGAUUUGGUGUGUUCAGCCUGUGAUAGAGAACUUGUCGGUUUCACCACGUCAUUCAUAGUUUGUUGGUUGAUUCUUCAUUGUUUUUCACCAAAUAUUGAUUCAUUAUCACUUGAAUUGUUUUCUGAACCAGCAGGAUGUUGAUCCAGAGGAAAAGAAUCGAUGAUGAAAAACUAAAAUAACAACUUAGGCAACAAAAACCCAGCUUUUAUUUUGAUAUGUCACUUCCUCUUAGUGGGAAGCCAAUUUGGACAUCAACUAAUAUUUCUCUAUGAGCAAAAUAAACAGGAAUAAAAUGAUAAACUGAUGACAGAAAAUAAGUAAUCAGAAGCUAAACAGCAUCAUGUAAAAUGGAUUUUUUGAGCUUUGAAUCUUGUUUGAUCCAUCUUCAGAAACUUGCCUUAAUUCUUUCAUGACUGUUUGAGAAAUACGUUAAUCUCCAUGGCAACCAUUGGACCCAGCCCCGCCUUCGAGGGGCAGCUCCUCCUCUGAGCUGCAGUUUCACUCAGCUCUAAAUUUAGCUAGCUAGCUAAGUAUUUAGCAUGCUAACCAAAUAUUUAGCUUCAGCUAGAUGGCAAGAUAAAUAUUCAAGUUGAAAGUUAAAUAUUUAGCUUGUGAAUUAAAUAUUAAAUAUGAAUCUGACAUCUAUAAAAACAGGAACAUGAUGAAAAUAUGACUGAAAAAUGAACAGCGUUGUUUUUAUUAUGACAAGACGAAGCAAAUUAUUGCUGUUAAUUUUCUUACUGUAACUUUACAAACAGCACUCUAAGCCCAGCAGCCUGGUUGCUCGGCAGCAGCAGCCUGGUUGCUCAGCAGCAGCAACCUGGUUGCUCAGCAGCAGCAGCCUGGUUGCUCAGCAGCAGCAACCUGGUUGCUCAGCAGCAGCAGCCUGGUUGCAGGUUGACUCCAGGUGUGAUUAUUUUUCUGGUUUGUAACUGAAGAACUUUUGCUUUUGUUUCUCUGUUGGUUUUUAUAUCAUUUCUUAUGUCUUUUUGUUUUAUAAGAAAAUAAUUAAAAGCAGAAUUUCA